GGCCGCCUCCUCCUGGGCCCCGGGGCCGGCGCCGGGAGGAGGGUCGGGCGGGGUCUCAGCCCCUCCGCGCCCGCAGGCUCCCACUCCAUGAGGUAUUUCUACACCGGCGUGUCCCGGCCCGGCCGCGGGGAGCCCCGCUUCAUCGCCGUCGGCUACGUGGACGACACGCAGUUCGUGCGCUUCGACAGCGACUCUGCCAGUCGGAGGAUGGAGCCGCGGGCGCCGUGGAUGGAGCAGGAGGGGCCAGAGUAUUGGGACGGGGAGACGCGGGGUAUCAAGGACACCGCACAGACUUUCCGAGUGAACCUGCAGACCGCACUCCGCUACUACAACCAGAGCGAGGCCGGAUUCCACACCAUCCAGCGCAUGUACGGCUGUGACCAGGGGCCCGACGGGCGCCUCCUCCGCGGGUACAGUCAGUUCGCCUACGACGGCGCGGAUUACAUCGCCCUGAACGAGGACCUGCGCUCCUGGACCGCGGCGGACACGGCAGCGCAGAUCACCCGCCGCAAGUGGGAGCGCGCGGGUGCGGCGAAGUAUGAGAGGGACUACCUGGAGGUCACGUGCAUGGAGUGGCUCCGCAGGUACCUGGAAAACGGGAAGGAGACACUGCUGCGCGCAGAACCCCCUAACACACACGUGACACACCACCCCAUCUCUAACCGUGAUGUCACCCUGAGGUGUUGGGCUUUGGGCUUCUACCCUGCGGAGAUCACCCUGAUCUGGCAGCGGGAUGGGGAGGACCUAACCCAGGACACAGAGCUUGUGGAGACCAGACCUGCAGGGGAUGGAACCUUCCAGAAGUGGGCGGCUGUGGUGGUGCCUUCUGGAGAAGAGCAGAGAUACACAUGCCAUGUGCAGCAUGAAGGGCUGCCUGAGCCCAUCACCUUGAGAUGGAAGCCACCUCCUCCCACCAUCCCCAUCACAUGGAUCAUUGCUGGUCUGGCUCUCCUCUUGAUCACUGUAACGUUUGGAGCUGUGAUCUGGAGGAAGAAGCUCUCAGUUCUGGUGAUGGGGACCUGACUCCCAGCAGUCACAGGACAGAGAGGAAGGAUCCUGCUGAGAACAGACCUCCAGCAAGUCAGGUAACCCAGUGACCCCACACCUCAUUCUUCGUGUUUCCUGAUCCUGUCCUGGGUCUUCAGGCACAAUUCUGGAAACUUCAUUUUCAACCAGGACUAGGAGUUUCCUCUAGGAUCUCAUGGCCUCGCCCUAUCCUCGGCCUCUAACAUGGUAUUUUCUUCCCACUGGAGGAAAAGUACCAGCCCCAUACCAGGUUCCUUGCUCAGCAGGGAGUCUGCCUCUCCUUCUCUCUCUGCCCCUCCCCCUGUUCGUGCUCUCUCUCUC